AUGGGGACGGGGCGGAGCGUCACGCUUAGCCCCGUAGCUCCUGGCAGCCCCUCCGGCUGCUGGCGCAGGCUGAGCCCGGCGGCUGUGGCGAGGGGAGCGAGGCAGUCGCGGCUGGCUGGCUGUCCUGCGCUGCUGGAGAAGGCUGUGGUGUUUCUGCAGCACUCAACGAUGGCCGAGAGCUCAGCUCUGACUGCAGCAGUGCCAGAGAGAGAAGCACCAACCAAGCUAGAGGAGCUCCUGGAGAUCACCGCUCAGAGCCUGGUGCGCGCCGAGGUGGCUGAGCACUAUGAGGUUGUUCGGGAGCUGGGCAGGGGCAAGUAUGGCCAUGUGAUGCUAGUGACCCACAGGCAGAGAGGGACUCCUAUGGCUCUCAAGCUGCUACCCAAAGCCAGUACCAAGCUGCACACCUUCCUGUAUGAGUAUUGUGUAGCACUGUCCCUCGCCACCCACCCUGCCAUCGUCGGCAUGUUCGGAAUUGCCAUUGAGUCCAGCCAGUACUAUGGCUUCCUCUAUGAACCAGCGCUGCACAAAGACCUCAUCUCUAUCAUCAAACCCCGCGAUGGGAUCCCUGAGCCCGCCGCAAAGCAGUGUGCCAAGCAGCUCGUGAGCGCGCUGGAGUUCAUCCACAGCCGGGGGCUGGUGUACCGUGACAUCAAGCCCGAGAAUGUGCUGCUUUUUGAUCCCGACUGCCGGCUCAUCAAACUCACUGACUUCGGCCUCACGAGGCCCAAGGGUACCAAGCUCAAGCUGGUGGCCGGGGUAAUCCCCUACACUGCCCCCGAGCUGAGCAACACUGCUGAUGCCCAGGGGGUGCCCAUCGACGCCAGUAUGGAUGCCUGGGCCUUCGGGGUGCUGCUUUUCUGCCUGCUGACCGGCUACUUCCCCUGGGAGCAGAGCCUGCCAGAGGACCCUUUCUUUGAGGACUUCAUGCAGUGGCAGGAGACAGGCCUAGAAAAGGACGUGCCCCGGCACUGGAAGCGCCUGACAGCCGAGGCUGCCGGGAUGCUGCGGAGCCUGCUGGCUCUAGAUCCCGCCAAGCGUGGCCCCGUCAGCGGGGUGCUGCGCUACGUCCACUGCCCUUGGCGGCUGGAGGGUGGGCGCAGUGAGGAGGCUGCCGUGAAGUCCUAG